AAGCCUUUGUCCCUUUACCAAGAUCUGAUAAUCCCAUUUCCCUUCUUUACAGGGGAGAUAGAGAUAGUGCAAGCGUAAUCUUCAAGUUCUCAUCCUUUUUCUCAGAACCAAAAAGAAGAAGAAGAAGUUAUUUCAGAUCUCACUCUUUGGUUUCACUUCAGGGUCAAAUUGAGGAAUGCCAAGACAAUGGGGAGGAAGGGAAAUUGGUUUUCGACUGUGAAGAAAGCUCUUAGCCCCGAGUCAAAGGAGAAGAAGGAUCAGAAAUCAAGUAGAUCAAAGAAAAAAUGGUUUGGGAAGCAAAAGUUGGAGACUUCAGAACCACACGUGGAAACUGAUACAUCACCUCCCCUUCCUCCACCUGAGGAGGUUAUUUUAACUCAUGUUGAGAAUGAAAACAACCACAAUAAUGUUGAGAUUACAAUUGCCGCGGAUGCUGAGGGAUCUAUUCCUGCUGUUCAGACAGAAGUUGCUGAGGUUCAAGCCACUACAGUUGUUCAGUUUGCCUGUAAACCAAGCGAUGAAGUGGCAGCACUCAAGAUUCAAACAGCUUUUCGUGGAUACAUGGCAAGAAGAGCAUUGCGAGCUUUAAGGGGGCUGGUCAGGUUGAAAUCACUGAUGGCAGGGCCGGUGGUAAAGAGACAAGCCAUCAGUACGCUUCGCUCUAUGCAAACAUUAGCUCAUGUGCAAUCUCAGAUUCGUUCUAGGAGGCUCAGGAUGUUGGAGGAGAACCAAGCUCUGCAAAAACAGCUCUUAAGCAAGCACACAAAAGAACUAGAGAGCUUGAAGAUUGGGGAGGAAUGGGAUGACAGCCUACAAUCAAAAGAACAGGUUGAAGCUAAGUUACUAAGCAAGUAUGAGGCCACUAUGAGAAGAGAAAGAGCCAUGGCUUAUUCAUUCUCUCAUCAGCAAAACAAGGAUUCAUCAAAAUCUAUAAACCCGAUGUUCAUGGAUCCUACCAAUCCUUCCUGGGGUUGGAGCUGGUUGGAACGAUGGAUGGCAGGCGCCGAGUGCCAGAACCUGACAGCGAAAGAGAAGAACGACCAAUCAUCUGCAAAAAGUUCAAGCCGCAUGAUUACCAGCGCUGAGAUCAGCAAAUCCUUUGCUCGUUUCCAGCUCAAUUCCGAAAAUCAUUCUCCAACCGCCAGCCAAAAUCCCGGCUCACCUAACUUCCAGUCCCAUUCUAAUCCUCCGAAGCCAGCAGCCAGUAAGAAACUGAAGAAGGCAAGCCCACGGGACAGCCGGGUUAUGGAUGAUGACAUGAAAAGCAUGGUAAGUAUGCAAUCAGAAAGGAGGCACUCGAUUGCGGGAUCAACAAUCAGAGAUGAUGAAAGCCUUGCAAGCUCUCCAUCAGUUGUUCCAAGUUACAUGGUGCCAACUAAAUCUGCAAAAGCUAAGUCCAGGAUGCAAAGUCCAUUAGCUGCUGAGAAUGGAACCCCAGAGAAGGGGGGGUUUGGGACUGCAAAGAAAAGGCUAUCUUUCCCGGCUUCCCCCGCCAGACCGAGGCGGCAUUCAGGUCCACCAAAGGUAGACAGCAGCUUGAAUGCAGAAAUCACUGUUGGCAAUGGUGUGGCUGGUUGAUUAUAUAACUGGAGGAAAAUAAUGCAAAACACUCAAAUGGGAUUGAAAAUGUCAUGGAAGAAAUAAUACAAAUUCAUCUAAAGAGUCCAUUUUAUUUAUUUAUUUAUCCGAAUUUUUAUUUGUAUUUUAUGAUUUAUUUGAUGCUGUUGAUUUGGGUGUAAAAACGGUUUACUUACCACGUUUAUCUAUUUGUUUUUUUAUGUAUUUAUUUACCCACAAAAUGUGGUUCAUGAUGGUAUUAUGACAAAAGAACAUAUCAGCUGUCAGAAAUUCUUUCGAAGCUUCCCCAUUUGGAUGAUUAUCAUUCUGUUGUCUUGAUUCCUGCA